CAUCCCAAGCAUUUAGCCCGUAACUUAAUAGCAGACAUGCUGAUCAAGACACCUGACAAAAGAAUUACAUCCAAACAAGUUGUUGAUCAACUUCAAUCCAUAAAAAUCGAACUUACGGAGGAAGAAAAAAAUCUGCGUCGGUUGUGUGCAGAUCAACGUCCAACGCCAGAAUAUAGCAUAUUACCACAAUGGAUAUUCGGAUAUCCAAGAGAUAUAAGGAAUGAUAUCAAAUCUUUAAUGCAACUCGGUAUCGACGUAAACGCAAAGAACGAAGAUGGAUGGAAUGCGCUUCAUCUUUUGUGUUCUUACAAUUCAAGCCCACACUUAAUCGAUGCGAUUAAACUCUUGAUCGAACUCGGCAUCGACAAGCACGCAAAGAACAACAAUGGAUCCAAUGCACUUCAUCUUUUGUGUUUUAACAAUUCAAGCCCACACUUAAUCGAUGCGAUUAAACUCUUGAUCCAACUCGGCAUCGACAAGGACGCCAAGAACAAUGAAGGAUGGAAUGCGCUUCAUUAUUUGUGUCGAUACAAUUCAAGCCUACACUUAACCGAUGCGAUUAAACUAUUGAUCGAACUCGACAUCGACGCCAAGAACAAUGAUGGAUGGAAUGCGUUUCAUUUAUUGUGUCGACACAAUUCAAGCCUACACUUAACCGAUGCGAUUAAACUCUUGAUCGAACUCGACAUCGACAAGGACGCAAAGAACAACAAUGGAGCCAAUGCACUUCAUCUUUUUUGUUCUAACAAUUCAAGCCCACACUUAAUCGAUGCGAUUAAACUCUUGAUCGAACUCGGCAUCGACAAGGAUGCAAAAAACAAGGAUGGAUGGAAUGCGCUUCAUUUUUUGUGUCUGAACAAUUCAAGCCUACACUUAACCGAUGCGAUUAAACUCUUGAUCGAACUCGACAUCGACAAGGACGCAAAGAACAACAAUGGAGCCAAUGCACUUCAUCUUUUGUGUCGAUACAAUUCAAGCCCACACUUAAUCGAUGCGAUUAAACUCUUGAUCGAACUCGGCAUCGACAAAAACGCAAAGAACAACAAUGGAGCCAAUGCACUUCAUCUUUUGUGUUUUAACAAUUCAAGCCCACACUUAAUCGAUGCGAUUAAACUCUUGAUCGAACUGGGCAUCGACAAAAACGCAAAGGACAACAAUGGAUUGAAUGCGCUUCAUCUUUUGUGUGUUAACAAUUCAAGCCCACACUUAAUUGAUGCAAUUAAACUCUUGAUCGAACUGGGCAUCGACAAAAACGCAAAGGACAACGAUGGACGCAAUGCGCUUUAUUAUUUGUGUUCUAACAAUUCAAGCCCAAACUUAAACGAUGCGAUUAAACUUUGGAUCUAACUCGGCAUCGACAAGGACGCAAAGGACAACGAUGGAUCAAAUGCACUCGAUUUGUGCCGGCUCAACACAAAUCUUACAAACUGCAACGUAGACGAAAUCUUUAAAUCGUAUGAGGUGCACUUAUAAUGAUAUUAAAGCUAUUCGCAAGAUGAACAGGCAAACAGAACGCUGCGUUGCAACAAACGAAAUUCUCGGCAAAGUGCGGCUUAUUAUAGUUAUUAGACAGUGCGACGCACCACAUCAGCUGGAGUAUGAAGAAAACGAACCGUCUAACACAAUUGAAUAAAAAAGUUUGGGGAAACUUAACGAAAACUCCCGUAACUUGACGGAAAAAUAAAAUAACUCUGCGGAAAAACAAUCUCCGUUUGCUGGGCCAACUGCAAAAAGAACGACCACACGUCCACUAACACAACUCUGCUAUCGUUGGAAACCUCCUUUUAGCAGAAACAUGAGGCAUCAGGCGAGUAAUUGUGAGCUAUCUAUGAGAAUAAAGUGCGACCCCAGUUCUACAUCAACAACACAAAGUCAAACGGUAUGCAAUGGCGGUAUCCUGAAACGCCGACAGUUACCCGCAAUAGUAAACGAAGUCGAAUCAACCAUAUUAGGCGCGUAAAAUUAUCGAAGAAUGCAGACUCAACAUGGAAGAUAAGCGUCAAAUUUGAGCAACAAACACAUAGCCAUAAUUGUAAUAGAAAUUUGUCAAAGCCAAAUAAGUAGUGCCUCUAAGGAAACCAACUCAACUUUGUUGUUAAUCCAUUUACUUAAUUUACUUUCACCUAAAAUAUUUUUUUUCUCAAAUUCCGAGGAAAACACAUACCAAUCAAAAAAGUUAAUUCGAUCCUCCACACAAUCUAACGUGCGCGCACAGCUCUUAAGUUUUGUAAAAUGUAAAAGCCGAAUACAAAAACUAACCUGGAAA